AUGCUUUUUGUGCUCUUUGGCAACAUUCUAUGCGGUAGUGAUCUAGCAUUCGGCUAUAAAACGAUUAGAUCUGUAUCUGAACCGCAUUUGUACAUCACGUUACGGGACGGCAUAGUUAGGCUGAAAGAAUCUCGGCCGCCAAUGACCGGGCUGGAGUCAAAUAUUAUUAAAUUUGAGGGGCUGGGCGAUGGACUGAGGAUUGUAGUUAAUGGCAAAGCGAUAUGUAGGGCAGGGCCUGAUAACAGCAUGGUAGUGACGUGCGAAAUAGCAACAGAAAAGAACACGGAAUGGACCGUCGUGAAGAAAUCAAGCGGAGAAAUCAUAGAAACAGAUGGGUUCUGUCUUGUAAAGGAUGAGCGAGAUAGCAGGUUGGAGACGGGGGGAUACAGACUAAGCGUGGAAAAAUGCACAGAAACAUCUAAUUACGUAUGGAAGAUCAGCGACAUUGAUCCGCUGAUUUAUAAUGGUAAUUUAGGUGAGAAUAUACAUUCGGUAUCGACUCCUACACCGUAUAUUAAUUUGGUAGGUGAUAACUCGGCCAGAAAAAGAAAUAUAAGCGUAAAUCCGCAGUUCUACGAACUAAAACAGUUAUCAGAAACAGUCUUUGGUAAUUUCUAA